AUGCCGCCGGAGGAAGUGACCUCACCUCAUAUGCUGGACGGUAUCCAUGGCAACCUCACCUCAAACAUGACAAUCCUUGACCUGAGGGUGCAGCGAGGUUUGGGAGCUGGAGAAGUGAAUGGAGGGCUGGAACAGGUGCGUCUGUCCAUGUCAUCCACUCGCACCCUCUCUUUAGACGUCCAACAGAAAACACAGCUAGGGCAGCUUCCGCACCGUCAAAUGAAGCAUUUUAAUGCCCUUGCGCUCAAACUUCCUCACAAUAGACAGCAGAGUGAGAGCCGGUCUCAGUGGGACAUCUGGACACACAUGAAGGACUCGGGGACUCGGGGCAAAGGUCGAGCUCUGAGGGCAUCAGCAUGGCAAAGGGUGGAGAAGUCUGGAGACCUGCAUGGCCGCACCUGCCCGAUGUCACCUGAGGAACUGGAAGAUUCGUCCCUGGCCGAGGAGGGCGAGGGUCAUCGGAUCCGGUGGCAGCGUUCCUCUACAAACAGCUCCAGUUCACGGAAGUCCACUAGGAACCGUAAGGAGCGGCGCAACCGUAAGCGAGGCCGGAGCAGCCAGGACUGCCGUUUGGAGAGGAAAGAGAUGAAGGUGCGGGAUCUGGGCCUCGGCUACGACUCGGACGAGAUCGUGGUGUUUAAGUACUGCGUGGGGACGUGCAUGAGCGCCCGUAAGAACUACGACCUGGCCCUGAAGGUGUUGACGGAUAACGGCAGCAUUUCUGGCCGCAAGGUGAGCACUCACCCCUGCUGCAGACCCACGCGCUUCGAGACCGUCUCCUUCAUGGACGCCCAGACGAGCUGGCAGACCAUCAAAUGGCUUUCAGCGGCCAACUGCAGCUGUGUGGGAUGAGAGAAGCCGAGGAGACGCAGCCGCUAAAAUCAACCCAAAGCUCCGGUGUAGAAAGCGAGGGAAUUCCAGUGCAAGGAACGGGAUGCAGCGCUCCUGAUGAUGCACUGCAAACGCAGCGGAUCUGCUAGCGUCAGCACAGGAACCACAGGAAUACGGGACGUCCUGCAGGGAGACGGUCGGAAACCGUAGGGAUUUGCAUCAUGUGACCUUGGAGAGCUGUGAAGCGAGUCGUCACAUUCCUGCUCCAGACUGCAGUUCUGCAUGGAAAGUUUGUGAAAAGCAGCUUGAAGGCCUACAUUUCACAUGAUCUGAAAUUAGAGGUGUUUUAAGAACGUGGAUACCAUGAAGGUUCAUUAUAACAGAACAGAAGGUGCUUUUAAUUCACUUAUCAGCUCAGCAUGUGUGUUUAAUAUACACACACUUUCCUUA